GUACCUUUGCCCGUCUCCCUGGAGAAAAGACAGAGCCAUGGCGUCGUACAGCUACUGUUUGGCCCUCUUGGCUCUCGCCUGGCACUCCUCUGCCUAUGGGCCGGACCAGCGAGCCCAAAAGAAGGGGGACAUUAUCCUUGGGGGUCUCUUCCCUAUCCAUUUUGGAGUAGCAGCCAAAGAUCAAGAUCUGAAAUCAAGACCAGAGUCUGUGGAGUGCAUUAGGUACAACUUCCGAGGAUUUCGGUGGUUACAAGCCAUGAUAUUCGCCAUAGAGGAGAUAAACAGCAGCCCCGCCCUUCUUCCCAACAUGACCCUGGGCUACAGGAUAUUCGACACCUGUAACACCGUCUCCAAGGCCUUGGAGGCCACCUUGAGUUUUGUGGCCCAGAACAAAAUCGAUUCUCUCAACCUGGACGAGUUCUGCAACUGCUCAGAGCACAUCCCUUCAACUAUAGCUGUGGUGGGGGCCACCGGCUCGGGUGUCUCCACUGCAGUAGCCAACCUGCUGGGGCUCUUCUACAUCCCCCAGGUGAGCUACGCCUCCUCCAGCAGGCUCCUCAGCAAUAAGAACCAGUUCAAAUCCUUCCUCCGCACCAUCCCCAACGACGAACACCAGGCCACCGCGAUGGCUGACAUCAUCGAGUACUUCCGUUGGAACUGGGUGGGCACAAUCGCGGCCGAUGAUGACUACGGCCGGCCAGGCAUUGAGAAGUUCCGGGAGGAAGCCGAGGAGAGAGACAUCUGCAUUGACUUCAGCGAGCUCAUCUCCCAGUACUCCGAUAAGGAAGAGAUCCAGCAGGUGGUGGAAGUGAUCCAGAACUCCACCGCCAAAGUCAUUGUCGUUUUCUCCAGCGGCCCAGACCUAGAGCCCCUCAUCAAGGAGAUUGUGCGGCGCAAUAUCACAGGCAGGAUCUGGCUGGCCAGCGAGGCCUGGGCCAGUUCCUCCCUGAUUGCUAUGCCUGAGUACUUCCACGUGGUCGGAGGCACCAUUGGGUUCGGUCUGAAGGCCGGGCAGAUUCCAGGCUUCCGAGAAUUCCUGCAGAAAGUCCAUCCCCGGAAGUCUGUCCACAAUGGUUUUGCUAAAGAGUUUUGGGAAGAAACGUUUAAUUGCCACCUGCAAGAAGGCGCCAAAGGACUUUUACCUGCGGACACCUUCGUGAGAAGUCACGAGGAAGGCGGCAAGAGGUUAAGCAACAGCUCCAUCGCCUUCCGGCCCCUCUGCACCGGGGAUGAGAACAUCAGCAGUGUCGAGACCCCUUACAUGGAUUACGAACAUUUACGGAUAUCCUACAACGUGUACUUAGCCGUCUACUCCAUCGCCCAUGCCCUGCAGGAUAUAUACACCUGCUCACCCGGGAGAGGGCUUUUCACUAACGGGUCGUGUGCAGACAUCAAGAAGGUUGAGGCCUGGCAGGUCCUGAAGCACCUACGGCACCUCAACUUCACCAACAACAUGGGGGAGCAGGUGACAUUCGAUGAGUUUGGUGACCUGGUGGGGAACUAUUCCAUCAUCAACUGGCACCUCUCCCCAGAGGACGGCUCCAUUGUGUUCAAGGAAGUUGGGUAUUACAACGCCAAUUCCAAGAAGGGAGAGAGACUCUUCAUCAACGAGGAGAAGAUCUUGUGGAGCGGGUUCUCCAGAGAGGUGCCCUUCUCCAAUUGCAGCCGGGACUGUCUGGCAGGGACCAGGAAGGGGAUCAUCGAGGGCGAGCCCACCUGCUGCUUUGAGUGUGUGGAGUGUCCUGAUGGAGAGUACAGUGAUGAGACAGAUGCGAGUGCCUGUGACAAGUGCCCGGAUGACUUCUGGUCCAAUGAGAACCACACUUCCUGCAUUGCCAAGGAGAUUGAGUUUCUGGCGUGGACAGAGCCCUUCGGAAUCGCGCUCACUCUCUUCGCGGUGCUGGGCAUUUUCCUGACCGCCUUUGUGCUGGGCGUGUUCAUCAAGUUCCGAAACACGCCCAUCGUCAAGGCCACCAACAGAGAGCUGUCCUACCUCUUGCUCUUCUCGCUACUCUGCUGUUUCUCCAGCUCCCUCUUCUUCAUCGGGGAACCCCAGGACUGGACAUGCCGCCUGCGCCAGCCCGCCUUUGGCAUCAGCUUCGUGCUCUGUAUCUCGUGCAUCUUGGUGAAGACCAAUCGUGUCCUCCUGGUCUUUGAGGCCAAGAUACCCACCAGCUUCCACCGGAAAUGGUGGGGCCUCAACCUGCAGUUCCUGUUGGUUUUCCUCUGCACCUUUAUGCAGAUUGUCAUCUGUGUGAUCUGGCUCUACACGGCGCCCCCCUCCAGCUACCGCAACCAUGAGCUGGAAGACGAAAUCAUCUUCAUCACGUGCCAUGAGGGCUCACUCAUGGCGCUCGGCUCCCUGAUUGGCUACACUUGCCUGCUGGCUGCCAUCUGCUUCUUCUUUGCCUUCAAGUCCCGGAAGCUGCCAGAGAACUUCAACGAAGCCAAGUUCAUUACCUUCAGCAUGCUCAUCUUCUUCAUCGUCUGGAUCUCCUUCAUUCCGGCCUACGCCAGCACCUACGGCAAAUUUGUCUCGGCCGUGGAGGUGAUCGCCAUCCUGGCAGCCAGCUUUGGCUUGCUGGCCUGCAUCUUCUUCAAUAAAGUCUACAUCAUCCUCUUCAAGCCUUCCCGAAACACCAUCGAGGAGGUGCGCUGCAGCACCGCAGCGCAUGCUUUCAAAGUGGCAGCCCGCGCCACACUACGCCGCAGCAACGUCUCUCGGAAGCGGUCCAGCAGCCUCGGAGGCUCCACGGGCUCCAUUCCUUCCUCUUCCAUCAGCAGCAAAAGCAACAGUGAAGACCCUUUCCCGCAGCCAGAGAGGAAGAAGCAACAGCAACCGCUGGCCCUGAGGCAACAUGAACAGCAGCAGCAGACCCUGACUCUCCAACCACAGCAACAGCAGCAGCCACAGCAGCCACGAUGCAAACAGAAAGUCAUCUUCGGCAGUGGCACGGUCACCUUCUCUCUAAGCUUUGACGAACCUCAGAAGAACGCCAUGGCCCAUAGGAACUCGAUACGUCAGAACUCCCUGGAGGCCCAGAAGAGCAAUGACACCUUGAGCAGACACCAGGCACUGCUCCCACUACAGUGUGCAGACGCGGACUCAGAAAUGUCCAUUCAAGAAACUGGCCUGCAAGGGCCCAUGGUAGGGGAUCACCAGCCAGAACUGGAAAAACCAGAAGAAAUGUCCCCAGCAAUGGUCGUGUCCACCUCUCGGAGCUUCGUCAUUAGCGGUGGAGGUAGCUCCGUGACGGAAAACAUACUGCACUCCUAAUGGAUGGGAAAGACUAUCCAGUUGACUGAGUUUUGUUUGGAGUCCCAGGAAUAAAGACGGGUCCCUCCUUUCUUCCCAGGAAGCCAGGGAUGGUAGGUACAUCGAAUGCUUGUACUCGAUUG